ACCCGGGAAAAGAAGGAAAACUACAUUUGUGUUUUGAUUGGGGCUGUGUGUGUGGUAAUUUGGGGGCCAGUUCCUGACAGUCCUUUUCCUUCAUGAGGGGGUUUGAAAGUCCAAAGCAACGACUCGUUCCGCUUUUCUUCGGGGCCCGAACGUGGCAAGAACCCACCCUUUGCAGCCCCAGACGCCGUGCCUCACUUUCUCCAUUUGCGGACUCCAGUUCCCAGGAUGCAGAGCAGCGGCCAAUCUCCUGGCUCUUCUUCCAUCCCCCCCCUCCCGGGAAAGAUUGCCCCUGGUCAAGUCAAGGGGGCAGUUUCAGUUUCCGGGACCUGUAACUCCAAGGGAACGCAAUUAUAAAGUGGCUGAAGUCCUAGUUUCCAGAGCCGGGCGUUGAAGGAGACAGUUCCAGGACUGGGGGGAAGGGGAGGGGGGCUUCAUUCCCACGUGUCUGCCCACCGCCGCCCCGGCGCCGUCGGGGUUAAAGCGUAGCGGAGGGAUCCCGCAGCGUGUGCGUAGAACUGCAAAGUCACAGCCUUUCCUCCGAGAGGGCAGUAUCCCUCCGCCGCUCCGCUCCAACACAAAAUAGGGCCAGCCUUCUCCUUUCUCCCCUUCUCGAGUGGGGUUCCCUAGGCAAAAGGUCCCCGUCGGGCCUCGCACUGGAGGUUUCCUGAAUCUCCACGACCGCUGCCGCGAUCUCGGGCCAGGAAAUAGACCCUUCGCAGGAACCACCCUACCGGCCGAACAGGAGGCGGAGGGGGGGAGGCGGAGCGGCGCCGCGCUGCACUACUUUCCUCUCCGGUUGCAAAUGGCUGCCUCGUUCCCCACUUUCCGCUCAGUUUCCUGACCCCCCGGCGCCGGGAGCUGGGGUUGGGCCAUGCACCUCUAGGCCCCCCGCGAUCACAACCAGCCGGGGGUCGAGGGGGUGCCGCCGAUCAGAGCCGGCCAAGCCGGGGGCGGGGCAGCUCCGGAGGCCAGAGGGGAAGGGAGGCGAGCUCAGGGCCUGGAGCGGCCGGAGGAGAGCGGGCAGAGGGCUCGCACCGCCCGCCCCUUCCUCUUCCUCGCCCACCUACCCUCCUCCCUUCCCCGGGGGGAGCAGAAGGUGGGGGGCUCGAAGCCGCCGAGGGCGAGCGCUCGGGGUCGAGGAACCCGGCGCUGGGUGUGUGUCAGGUUCAGCCCUGCGGCCCCGCCGUCUCCGUGUCGCCGUAGCUCGCGCGGCCCCGGGGCGCCGGCCCGGGCGGGGAGAGGGGCUCGGCGUUUCUGCGAGGGUCUCACGUUCCAACCGGGCCCGGCGCGGGGCGGCACGGCAUUCCUUCCGGGCUGCUGGGGAGGCGCCUCGACGUUCCAUCUGGAGAGCCUCGACGUUCCGCCCGAGCCCGGAGCGGGCGACUCGGCCCUAGGACUGAGAGGCCGCCCGACGACGCGGAUGCGGAGCCUGCUCGCCCAAGAUCAAAGCCACCGGUGCUCUCUUUGUGUCCGCUCGGGAUUCGCCGCCUUCGGGCUGUCCAUGGAAACCUAAACUGCUGGAACCUGAAGCAUAGAACCUCUCUUUGGCUUCUUGCUUUUUUUGGAGGGGAGGGUGGCCACUCCGACCUGGAUUUACCGUUCUUGGCCCCCUUAAGCCCCCCCGUGCGGGGGGCGGCUGUGAUCGCUCUGGCGGUUGGAGGUCGGGGAGCGGCCCGGGCUCUGGCCAUGUUCUCGGAUGAGGAUUUCUGGAUCGCCCUGUGAAGAGGUCUCCCCGAGAGGGCCCUGCCCAGUCGGAGAGAGGGAUGGACAGCCAGAAGCCGCCUGGUGAGGAUAAAGAUUCAGAACCGGCAGCUGAUGGACUUGCAGCCUCUGAGGAGUCAGGUGCCACUGAGGCAGACCUUCCCAACCCACAUGUGGCGGAGGUCUCUGUGCCCAGUUCUGGGGGUCCCAGGCUUCAGGAGCCUCCCCAGGACUGCAGUGGGGGUCCAGUGCGGCGUUGUGCUCUCUGUAACUGCGGGGAGCCCAGUCUGCAUGGGCAGCGGGAGCUGCGGCGCUUUGAGUUGCCAUUUGACUGGCCCCGGUGUCCAGUGGUGUCCCCUGGGGGGAACCCAGGGCCCAAUGAGGCAGCACAGCCCAGUGAGGAUCUAUCACAGAUUGGUUUUCCUGAGGGCCUGACACCUGCCCACCUAGGAGAACCUGGAGGGUCCUGCUGGGCUCAUCAUUGGUGUGCUGCGUGGUCGGCUGGUGUAUGGGGGCAGGAGGGCCCAGAACUAUGUGGUGUGGACAAGGCCAUCUUCUCAGGGAUCUCACAGCGCUGCUCCCACUGCACCAGGUUUGGUGCCUCCAUCCCUUGCCGCUCUCCUGGAUGUCCACGGCUUUACCACUUCCCCUGUGCGACUGCCAGCGGUUCCUUCUUAUCCAUGAAAACACUGCAGCUGCUAUGCCCGGAGCACAGAGAGGGUGCCGCACAUCUGGAGGAAGCUCGUUGUGCAGUGUGUGAGGGGCCAGGGGAAUUGUGUGACCUGUUCUUCUGUACUAGCUGUGGGCAUCACUAUCAUGGGGCUUGCCUGGACACUGCUCUGACUGCCCGCAAGCGUGCUGGCUGGCAGUGCCCUGAAUGCAAAGUGUGCCAAGCCUGCAGGAAACCUGGGAAUGACUCUAAGAUGUUGGUCUGUGAGACAUGUGACAAAGGAUACCAUACCUUCUGCCUAAAACCACCUAUGGAGGAACUGCCUGCUCACUCCUGGAAGUGUAAGGCAUGCCGGGUAUGCCGGGCCUGUGGGACAGGCUCAGCAGAGCUGAAUCCUAACUCUGAGUGGUUUGAGAACUACUCACUCUGUUACCGCUGUCACAAAGCCCAGGGAGGACAGCCUAUCAGUUCUGUUUCUGAGCAGCAUCCUGCUGUCUGUUGCAGAUUCUCACCCCCAGAGCCUGGCGAUCCCCCCACUGAUGAGCCCGAUGCUCUGUACGUUGCAUGCCAAGGGCAGCCAAAGGGUGGGCACGUGACCUCUAUGCAACCCAAGGAACCGGGGCCCCUGCAAUGUGAAGCCAAACCACUAGGGAGAACAGGGGCCCAACUUGAGCCCCAUUUGGAGGCCCCCCUAAAUGAGGAGAUGCCACUGCUGCCCCCACCGGAGGAGUCACCCCUGUCCCCACCACCUGAGGAGUCACCCACAUCCCCGCCGCCUGAGGCAUCGCGUCUGUCCCCACCGCCUGAGGAAUCACCCCUCUCUCCACCGCCUGAGGAGUCUCCUCUGUCUCCCCCACCUGAAUCAUCUUCACCUUUUUCUCCACUGGAGGAGUCGCCCUUUUCUCCACCAGAGGAGUCACCCCCGUCUCCUCCACUUGAGACACCCCUGUCCCCACCACCCGAAGCAUCACCCCUGUCCCCACCAUUUGAGGAGUCUCCCCUGUCACCCCCACCCGAGGAAUUGCCCACUUCUCCACCACCUGAAGCAUCUCGCCUGUCUCCACCACCUGAGGAGUCACCCAUGUCCCCUCCACCUGAAGAGUCACCCAUGUCUCCACCACCUGAGGCAUCGCGUCUAUUCCCACCAUUUGAAGAAUCACCCCUGUCCCCUCCACCAGAGGAGUCUCCCCUCUCCCCACCACCUGAGGCAUCACGCCUUUCUCCACCACCUGAGGACUCACCCAUGUCCCCACCACCUGAAGACUCACCUAUGUCCCCCCCGCCUGAGGUAUCACACCUAUCCCUCUUGCCUGAGUUGUCACGCCUGUCCCCUCCACCUGAGGAGUCUCCCCUGUCCCCACCACCUGAGGAGUCUCCCACAUCCCCUCCACCUGAGGCUUCGCGCCUAUCCCCACCACCUGAGGAUUCACCCACAUCCCCACCACCUGAAGACUCACCUGCUUCCCCGCCACCGGGGGACCUGCUUGUGUCUGUACCACUGGAGGAGUCCCCCCCGUCGCCACUGCCUGAGAAGCCGCACCUGCCCCCUGCACCUGAGGAGCUGUGUGUGUCCCCCCAGCCUGAGGAGCCACAUCUGUCCCCCCGGCCUGGGGAGCCGCGCUUGUCUCCUGCACCAGAGGAACUGCUUCUGUCACCCCGGCCUGAGGAGCUGUGCCUAUCCCCUGCACCUGAGGAGUUGCACCUGUCCCCCCAGCCUGAGGAACCACACCUGUCUCCCAUGUCUGAGGAGCCACAGCCAUCUCUGGUGCCUGGGGAACCAUGCCUGAACCCCCAGCCUGAGGAGCUACAUGUGUCCCACCAGCCUGAGGAACCACACCUGUCCCCUCGACCUGAAGAGCCCCUUGAGGAGCCAGGCCUAUGCUCUGCACGUGAGGAAUUGCCCUUGUUCCUCCCACCUGGGGAACCACCCUUAUCCCCCUUGCUUGGAGAGCCGGCCCUGUCUGAGCCUGGGGAACCACCUCUGUCCCUUCUGCCUGAGGAGCUGCCGUUGUCCCCAUCUGGGGAACCAUCCUUGUCACCUCAGCUGAUGCCACCAGAUCCUCUUCCUCCUCCGCUCUCACCCAUCAUCACAGCUGUGGCCCCACCGGCCCUCUCUCCUUUGGGGGAGUUAGGGUACCCCUUUGGUGCCAAAGGGGACAGUGACCCUGAGUCGCCAUUGGCUGCCCCCAUCCUAGAGACACCCAUUAGCCCUCCACCAGAAGCUAACUGCACCGACCCUGAGCCUGUGCCCCCUAUGAUCCUUCCCCCAUCUCCAGGCUCCCCAAUGGGGCUGGCCUCUCCCAUCCUGAUGGAGCCCCUUCCCCCUCGGUGUUCUCCACUCCUCCAGCAUACCCUGCCUCCCCAGAACUCUCCUUCUUCCCAGUGCUCUCCUCCUGCUCUGCCAUUGUCUAUUCCCUCCCCACUGAGUCCCAUGGAGAAGGCAGUGGAGGUCUCAGAGGAGGCUGAGCCACCUGAGAUGGAGACUGAGAAAGUCUCUGAACCUGAGUGCCCAGCCUUGGAGCCCAGCCCUACUAGUCCUCUCCCCUCCCCCAUGGAGAACCUUUCCUGCCCUGCACCCAGCCCUGCUCCAGCCCUGGAUGACUUCUCUGGCCUGGGGGAAGACACAGCCCCUCUGGAUGGGACUGACACUCCUGAUUCCCAGCCAGAGGCUGGGCAGACCCCUGGCAGUUUGGCUAGUGAACUUAAAGGUUCCCCUGUGCUCCUGGACCCUGAGGAGCUGGCUCCUGUGACCCCUAUGGAGGUCUAUGGCCCAGAAUGCAAGCAGACAGGGCAGGGCUCGCCCUGUGAAGAGCAAGAGGAGCCACGUGCACCAGUAGCCCCUACCCCACCCGCUCUCAUCAAAUCUGACAUCGUUAAUGAGAUCUCCAAUCUGAGCCAGGGCGAUGCCAGUGCCAGUUUCCCUGGUUCAGAGCCCAUGCUGGGCUCUCCUGACCCAGAGGGGGGUGGCUCCUUAUCUAUGGAGUUGGGGGUAUCUACAGAUGUUAGUCCAGCUCGAGAUGAAGGCUCCCUUCGGCUCUGUACUGACUCUCUGCCAGAGACUGAUGACUCGCUGUUGUGUGAUACUGGGACAGCUGUCGGUGGAAGCAAAGCUGAGGGGGACAAGGGGAGGCGACGCAGCUCCCCAGCUCGUUCCCGCAUUAAACAGGGUCGCAGCAGUAGUUUCCCAGGAAGACGCCGGCCACGUGGAGGAGCACAUGGAGGACGUGGGAGAGGACGGGCCCGGCUAAAAUCAACCACUUCCUCCAUUGAGACUCUGGUAGUUGCUGAUAUCGAUAGCUCUCCCAGCAAGGAGGAAGAAGACGAUGAUGACGACACCAUGCAAAAUACUGUGGUUCUCUUCUCCAAUACAGACAAGUUUGUCCUAAUGCAGGACAUGUGUGUGGUAUGUGGUAGCUUUGGCCGGGGAGCCGAGGGCCACCUCCUUGCCUGUUCCCAGUGUUCUCAGUGCUAUCACCCGUACUGUGUCAACAGCAAGAUCACCAAGGUGAUGCUUCUAAAGGGCUGGCGUUGUGUGGAGUGCAUCGUGUGUGAGGUGUGUGGCCAGGCCUCAGACCCCUCACGCCUGCUGCUCUGUGAUGACUGUGACAUUAGCUACCACACGUACUGCCUGGACCCCCCACUGCUCACCGUGCCCAAGGGCGGCUGGAAGUGCAAGUGGUGUGUGUCCUGUAUGCAGUGUGGUGCCGCCUCCCCUGGCUUCCACUGUGAAUGGCAAAACAGUUACACACACUGCGGACCUUGUGCCAGCCUGGUGACCUGUCCUAUCUGUCAUGCCCCGUAUGUAGAAGAGGACCUACUGAUCCAAUGUCGCCACUGUGAACGGUGGAUGCAUGCCGGCUGUGAGAGCCUCUUCACGGAGGAUGAUGUAGAGCAGGCAGCUGAUGAGGGCUUUGACUGUGUCUCCUGCCAGCCUUACGUGGUAAAGCCUGCUGCACCUGUUGCACCUCCAGAGUUGGUGCCCAUGAAGGUGAAAGAGCCAGAGCCCCAGUACUUUCGCUUCGAGGGUGUGUGGCUGACAGAAACUGGCAUGGCUGUCCUGCGUAACCUUACCAUGUCACCCCUACACAAGCGGCGCCAGCGGCGAGGACGGCUUGGCCUCCCAGGCGAGGCUGGGCUGGAAGGUUCUGAGCCCUCAGAUGCCCUCGGCCCUGAUGACAAGAAGGAUGGGGACCUGGACACCGAUGAGCUGCUCAAGGGUGAAGCUGGUGUGGAGCACAUGGAGUGCGAAAUUAAACUGGAAGGCCCCGUCAGCCCUGAUGUGGAGCCUGGCAAGGAGGAGACCGAGGAGAGCAAAAAACGCAAACGCAAACCCUAUAGGCCUGGCAUUGGUGGUUUCAUGGUGCGACAGCGGAAAUCCCACACACGUGUGAAAAAGGGGCCUGCUGCACAGGCGGAGGUGUUGAGUGGGGAUGGGCAGCCCGACGAGGGUGAGACGGUGAUGCCUGCUGACCUCCCAGCAGAGGGCUCUAUAGACCAGAGCUUAGCUGAUGUGGAUGAGAAGAAGAAGCAGCAGAGGCGAGGGCGCAAGAAGAGCAAACUAGAAGACAUGUUUCCUGCUUACCUGCAGGAGGCCUUCUUUGGGAAGGAGCUGCUCGAUCUGAGCCGGAAAGCCCUUUUUGCAGUUGGAGUGGGCCGUCCAAGCUUUGCACUAGGAACCCCAAAAGUCAAGGGGGAUGGAGGCUCAGAUAGGAAGGAGCUCCCCACCUUACAGAAAGGAGAUGAUGGUGCAGAGGUUGCAGAUGAAGAAUCCCGUGGCCCUGAAGGCAAGGCUGAUACACCAGGUCCUGAGGAUGGGGGCGUGAAGGCAUCCCCAGUGCCCAGUGACCCCGAGAAACCAAGCACCCCUGGAGAAGGGAUGCUUAGCUCUGACUUAGACAGGAUACCCACAGAAGAGCUGCCCAAGAUGGAAUCCAAGGACUUGCAGCAGCUAUUUAAGGAUGUUCUGGGUUCUGAACGAGAGCAGCCUCUGGGUUGUGGAACCCCUGGCCUAGAUGGCAGCCGUACACCGCUGCAGAGGCCCUUUCUUCAAGGUGGACUCCCUUUGGGCAAUCUCCCCUCCAGCAGCCCAAUGGACUCCUACCCGGGCCUCUGCCAGUCCCCAUUCUUGGAUUCUAGGGAGCGCGGGGGCUUCUUUAGCCCGGAACCUGGUGAACCAGACAGCCCCUGGACAGGCUCAGGGGGCACUACGCCCUCCACCCCUACUACACCCACCACGGAGGGUGAGGGCGAUGGGCUCUCCUAUAACCAGCGGAGUCUUCAGCGCUGGGAGAAGGACGAGGAGUUGGGCCAACUCUCCACCAUCUCACCUGUGCUCUAUGCCAACAUUAACUUUCCCAAUCUCAAGCAAGAUUACCCAGACUGGUCUAGCCGUUGCAAACAAAUAAUGAAGCUCUGGAGAAAAGUUCCAGCUGCUGACAAAGCCCCCUACCUGCAAAAGGCCAAAGAUAACCGGGCAGCUCACCGCAUCAACAAGGUGCAAAAGCAGGCGGAGAGCCAGAUCAGCAAACAGACCAAGGUGGGCGACAUGGCCCGUAAGACUGACCGACCGGCCCUACAUCUCCGCAUUCCCCCCCAGCCAGGGGCACUGGGCAGUCCGCCCCCUGCUGCGGCCCCCACCAUUUUCAUUGGCAGCCCCACUACCCCCGCCGGCUUGUCUACCUCUGCGGAUGGGUUCCUGAAGCCGCCGGCGGGCACGGUGCCCGGCCCCGACUCGCCCGGUGAGCUGUUCCUCAAGCUCCCACCCCAGGUGCCUGCCCAAGUGCCUUCGCAGGACCCCUUUGGACUGGCCCCUGCCUACACUCUGGAGCCCCGCUUCCCCACGGCACCACCCACUUAUCCUCCCUUUCCUAGUCCAACUGGGGCCCCCGUGCAGCCCCCAACGCUGGGUGCCUCAUCUCGUCCUGGGACUGGCCAGCCAGGGGAAUUCCACACCACCCCUCCCAGCACUCCCCGGCACCAGGCCUCGACACCCGAUCCCUUUCUCAAACCCCGUUGCCCCUCACUGGACAACCUGGCCGUGCCUGAGAGCCCUGGGGUAGGGGGUGGCAAGGCUUCUGAGCCCCUGCUGUCACCCCCGCCUUUUGGGGAGUCUCGGAAAGCCCUGGAGGUGAAGAAGGAAGAGCUUGGGGCAUCCUCUCCUAGCUAUGUGGCCCCAAACCUGGGCUUUGUUGACUCACCCUCCUCAGGCCCCCACCUGGGCAGCCUGGAGUUAAAGGCACCUGAUGUCUUCAAAGCCCCCCUGACCCCUCGGGCAUCUCAGGUAGAGCCCCAGAGCCCGGGCUUGGGCCUAAGGCCUCAGGAGCCAUCCCCUGCUCAGGCUUUGGCCCCUUCUCCCCCUAGCCACUCAGAUAUCUUUCGCCCUGGCUCCUACCCUGACCCUUAUGCUCAGCCCCCAUUGACCCCUCGGCCCCAACCCCCACCUCCUGAGAGCUGCUGUGCCCUACCCCCUCGAUCACUGCCCUCUGACCCUUUCUCCCGAGUGCCUGCCAGUCCCCAGUCCCAGUCCAGCUCCCAGUCCCCAUUGACACCCCGUCCUCUGUCUGCUGAGGCUUUCUGCCCAUCCCCUGUGACCCCUCGCUUCCAGUCCCCUGACCCUUAUUCCCGCCCACCCUCUCGCCCUCAGUCCCGUGACCCAUUUGCCCCACUGCAUAAGCCACCCCGACCCCAGCCCCCUGAAGUUGCCUUUAAGUCUGGGCCUCUAGCCCAUACUCCACUGGGGGCUGGAGGCUUCCCAGCAGCCCUGCCCUCAGGGCCGGCAGGUGAGCUCCAUGCCAAGGUCCCAAGUGGGCAGCCCUCCAAUUUCGCCCGUUCCCCUGGGACGGGUGCAUUUGUGGGCACCCCCUCUCCCAUGCGUUUCACUUUCCCUCAGGCAGUAGGGGAGCCUUCUUCCCUAAAGCCGUCUGUCCCUCAGCCUGGUCUCCCUCCACCCCAUGGGAUCAACAGCCAUUUUGGGCCUGGCCCUACUUUGGGCAAGCCUCAAAGCACAAACUACUCAGUAGCCACAGGAAACUUCCACCCAUCGGGUAGCCCCCUGGGACCCAACACCGGGUCCACAGGAGAGGGCUAUGGGCUGUCCCCGCUACGCCCCCCGUCAGUUCUACCACCACCCGCACCCGAUGGAUCCCUCUCCUAUCCACCCCACGGAGCCUCACAGCGGGUUGGCAUCACCUCUCCAGUCGAUAAGCGAGAAGACCCAGGGGCUGGAAUGGCCAGCUCUUUGGCGGCACCUGAACUUCCAGGUACCCAGGACCCAGGCAUCUCCAGCCUCAGCCAGACAGAGCUGGAGAAGCAACGGCAGCGCCAGCGACUACGAGAGCUGCUGAUUCGGCAGCAGAUCCAGCGCAACACCCUGCGGCAAGAGAAGGAAACAGCUGCAGCAGCUGCAGGAGCAGUGGGGGCCCCAGGCAGCUGGGGUGCUGAGCCCAGCAGCCCUGCCUUUGAGCAGCUGAGUCGAGGCCAGACCCCCUUCACUGGGACCCAGGAUAAGAGCAGCCUUAUAGGGCUGCCCCCAAACAAGCUGGGUGGCCCCAUCCUAGGGCCAGGGGCUUUCCCCAGUGACGACCGACUCUCCCGGCCACCUCCACCAGCCACCCCUUCCUCUAUGGAUGUGAAUAGCCGGCAACUGGUGGGAGGCUCCCAAGCCUUCUAUCAGCGAGCACCCUAUCCUGGGUCCCUGCCCUUACAGCAGCAGCAGCAGCAACACCUGUGGCAGCAGCAGCAGCAGCAGCAAGCAGCAGCAGCAAACUCCAUGAGACUUGCCAUGUCUGCUCGCUUUCCAUCAACUCCUGGGCCUGAACUUGGCCGCCAAGCCCUAGGUUCCCCCUUGGCAGGACUUCCCACCCGUCUGUCUGGCCCUGGUGAGCCAGUGCCUGGUCCAGCUGGCCCUGCCCAGUUCAUUGAGUUGCGGCACAAUGUACAGAAAGGACUGGGACCUGGGGGGACUCCGUUUCCUGGUCAGGGCCCCCCUCAGAGACCCCGUUUUUACCCUGUAAGUGAGGACUCCCACCGACUGGCUCCUGAAGGGCUUCGUGGUCUGGCGGUAUCAGGCCUUCCCCCACAGAAACCCUCAGCUCCCACUGAACUGAACAAUAGCCUCCAUCCAGCAGCCCACACCAAGGCUCCCACCCUGCCCACUGGCCUGGAGCUUGUCAGCCGGCCCCCCUCGAACACUGAGCUUAGCCGCCCCCUUCCUCUGGCCUUGGAAGCUGGGAAGUUGCCCUGUGAGGACCCUGAGCUGGAUGAUGACUUUGAUGCCCACAAGGCCCUAGAGGAUGAUGAGGAGCUUGCUCACUUGGGCCUGGGUGUGGAUGUGGCCAAGGGAGAUGAUGAGCUGGGCACCCUGGAAAACCUGGAGACCAAUGAUCCCCACCUGGAUGACCUGCUCAAUGGGGAUGAGUUUGACCUCCUGGCCUAUACUGACCCUGAGUUGGACACUGGGGACAAAAAGGACAUCUUCAAUGAGCACCUGAGGCUGGUGGAGUCAGCCAAUGAAAAGGCUGAACGAGAGGCCUUGUUGCAGGGGGUAGAGCCAGGGGUUCUGGGCCCAGAGGAGCGCCCUCCCCCUGCUGCUGAUGCCUCUGAGCCCCGUCUGGCACCAGUGCUCCCUGAGGUGAAGCCUAAGGUGGAGGAGAGUGGGCGCCACCCUUCCCCUUGCCAGUUCACCAUCACCACCCCCAAGGUGGAGCCAACAUCUGCUACCACUUCCCUAGGCCUGGGGCUGAAGCCGGGGCAGAGUGUGAUGGGCAGCCGGGACACACGGAUGGGCACAGGACCCUUUUCCAGCAGUGGGCACACAGCUGAAAAGAGCCCCUUUGGAGCCACAGGAGGUCCACCAGCUCACCUGCUAACCGCUAGCCCACUGAGUGGCCCAGGAGGGUCCUCCCUGCUGGAAAAGUUUGAGAUAGAGAGUGGGGCCCUGACCUUGCCCAGUGGCCAUGCGGCAUCUGGGGAUGAGCUGGACAAGAUGGAGAGCUCACUGGUAGCCAGCGAGUUACCCCUGCUCAUUGAGGACCUGUUGGAGCAUGAGAAGAAGGAGCUGCAGAAGAAGCAGCAGCUUUCAGCACAGCUGCAGCCUGCCCAGCAGCAGCAGCAACAGCAGCACUCUCUACUGUCCACACCAGGCCCUGCCCAGGCCAUGUCCUUGCCGCAUGAAGGCUCUUCCAGUUUGGCUGGGCCCCAGCAACAGCUUGCUCUGGGACUUGGAGGUUCCCGACAACCAGGCUUGGCCCAACCACUGAUGCCCACCCAGCCACCAGCUCAUGCCCUUCAGCAGCGCCUGGCCCCACCCAUGGCCAUGGUGUCCAACCAAGGGCAUAUGCUAAGUGGGCAGCAUGGAGGGCAGGCAGCCUUGGUGCCCCAGCAGGGCCCACAGCCAGUGCUGGCACAGAAGCCUGUGGGUGGCAUGCCACCCUCCAUGUGCAUGAAACCCCAGCAGUUGGCGAUGCAGCAGCAGCUGGCUAACAGCUUCUUCCCAGAUACAGACCUGGACAAAUUUGCGGCAGAAGAUAUCAUUGAUCCCAUUGCCAAGGCCAAGAUGGUAGCUUUGAAAGGCAUCAAGAAGGUAAUGGCACAGGGCAGCAUUGGAGUGGCACCUGGUAUGAACAGGCAGCAAGUGUCCUUGCUAGCCCAGAGGCUCUCAGGGGGUACUGGCAGCGAUCUGCAGAACCAUGUAGCAGCUGGGAGUGGCCAGUCUCUGUCAUUGCAGGAGCGGAAUGCCAGUGAUCCCUCCCAGGCUCGUCCCAAUCCACCCACUUUUGCCCAGGGAGUGAUCAAUGAGGCUGACCAGCGACAGUAUGAGGAGUGGCUGUUCCAUACUCAACAGCUCUUACAGAUGCAGCUGAAGGUGCUAGAGGAGCAGAUUGGUGUGCACCGCAAGUCCCGGAAAGCUCUGUGUGCCAAGCAGCGUACUGCCAAAAAGGCUGGCCGGGAGUUCCCAGAGGCUGAUGCUGAGAAGCUCAAGCUCGUUACGGAGCAGCAGAGCAAGAUCCAGAAACAGCUAGAUCAGGUCCGGAAGCAGCAGAAGGAGCACACAAAUCUCAUGGCAGAAUAUCGGAAUAAGCAACAGCAGCAGCAACAGCAGCAGCAGCAGCAGCAGCAACAGCAGCAGCAACAACACUCAGCCGUGCUGGCCCUUAGCCCUUCCCAGAGUCCUCGGCUACUCACCAAGCUCCCUGGUCAGCUGCUCCCUGGCCAUGCGCUACAGCCACCACAGGGACCCCCUAGUGGGCAAGCUGCAGGUCUUCGCCUGCCCCCAGGGGGCAUGGCACUGCCUGGACAGCCUGGUGGGCCCUUCCUUAACACGACCCUGGCCCAACAGCAACAACAGCAACAUUCUGGCGGGGCUGGGCCCCUAGCGGGCCCCUCAGGGGGCUUUUUCCCUGGCAACCUUGCUCUUCGUGGCCUGGGAACUGAUUCGAGGCUUUUGCAGGAAAGGCAGCUGCAGCUACAGCAGCAGCGCAUGCAGCUUGCUCAGAAACUGCAACAGCAGCAGCAGCAGCAGCAGCACCUCCUAGGACAGGUGGCCAUCCAGCAGCAACAGCAGCAGGGCCCAGGGGUACAGGCAAACCAGGCUCUGGGUGCCAAGCCUCAGGGGCUCCUGCCUUCCAGCAGCCAUCAGGGCCUCUUGGUCCAGCAGUUGUCCCCUCAACCACCUCAGGGGCCCCAGGGCAUGCUGGGCCCUGCCCAGGUGGCAGUGUUGCAGCAGCAGCAGCAGCAGCAGCACCCUGGAGCUUUGGGCCCCCAGGGUCCUCACAGACAGGUGCUUCUGACCCAGUCCCGGGUGCCGAAUUCACCUCAGCUGGCACAGCAGAGUCAGGGCCCUAUGGGACACCGGCUGGUCACAGCCCAGCAGCAGCAGCAGCACCAACAACAGGGAUCCAUGGCAGGGCUUUCUCAUCUUCAGCAGGGUCUCUUGCCACAUAGUGGGCAGCCCAAACUUAGCGGUCAGCCAAUGGCCUUACAGCAACAGCAACUACAGCAGCAGCUACAGCAGCAGCAGCAGCAGCUACAACAGCAACAACAGCAGCUGCAGCAGCAGCAGCUACAACAGCAGCAGCAACAUUUACAACAGCAGCAACAGCUACAACAGCAGCAGCAGCAACAGCUACAACAGCAGCAACAGCUACAACAGCAGCAGCAACAGCAGCAGAUAGGCCUCUUAAACCCGAGUCGAACUUUACUGUCUCCUCAGCAACAGCAGCAACAGGUGACAGUUGGUCCUGGAAUGCAAGCCAAGCCUCUGCAACACUUUUCUAGCCCUGGAGCCCUGGGCCCAACCCUCCUCCUAACAGGCAAGGAACAAAGCAUUGUAGAGACUGCUCUUCCUCCAGAGGCCACUGAGGGGCCCUCCACACAUCAGGGAGGGCCAGGAGCAAUAGGGACUGUACCUGAGGCAGUGGCUGCUGAACCAGGGGAAGUAAAGCCUUCACUCUCUGGGGACUCACAACUCCUGCUUGUCCAGCCCCAACCCCAGCCCCAACCCAACUCUGUGCCUCUGCAGCCACCUCUGAGGCUCCCAGGACAGCAGCAACAGCAAGUUAACUUACUCCACACAACAGGUGUGGGAAACCAAGGGCAACCAAACAGUGGAUCAUCUUCAGAGGCCUCUUCUAUGCCACACCUGCUGGCUCAAUCCUCUGUUUCCUUAGGAGAGCAGCCUGGGCCCAUGACUCAGAACCUUCUGGGCUCCCAACAGCCCCUUGGACUAGAGCGGCCCUUGCAGAAUAAUGCAGGGCCACAGUCUGCCAAACCAGGAUCUGUCCCCCAAUCUGGGCAGGGCCUGCCUGGGGCUGGAGUCAUGCCCACAGUGGGUCAGCUUCGAGCACAGCUCCAAGGAGUUUUGGCUAAAAACCCACAGUUGCGGCACUUGAGUCCUCAGCAGCAGCAGCAGCUACAGGCACUCCUUAUGCAGCGGCAGCUACAGCAGAGUCAGGCAGUACGCCAGACCCCACCCUAUCAGGAUCCUGGGACCCAGCCCUCUUCCCUCCAGGGCCUCCUAGGCCGUCAGCCCCAACUUGGGGGCUUCUCUGGAUCACAGACAGGUCCCCUCCAGGAGUUAGGGGCAGGGCUUCGACCUCAGGGCCCACCCCGGCUCCCUGCCCCACAAGGAGCCUUAUCAACUGGACCAGUCCUUGGUCCUGUCCAUCCCACACCUCCACCAUCCAGCCCACAAGAGCCAAAGAGACCUUCUUCACAAUUACCAUCUCCCAGCUCCCAGCUCCCCUCUGAGGCCCAGCUCCCUCCUACCCAACCAGGGACCCCAAAACCCCAGGGGCCACCCUUGGAGCUGCCUCCUGGGAGGGUCUCACCUGCUGCCGCCCAGCUUGCAGAGACCUUCUUUGGCAAGGGGCUGGGACCUUGGGAUCCCCCAGAGAACCCAGCAGAAGCCCAGAAGCCGGAGCAGAGCAGCCUGGUACCUGGGCAUCUGGAGCAGGUGAAUGGGCAGGUGGUGCCAGAGCCAUCCCAUCUCAGCAUCAAGCAAGAGCCUCGGGAAGAGCCGUGUGCCCUGGGAGCCCAGGUGGUGAAGAGGGAGGCCAACGGGGAACCAAUAGGGGCACCAGGUACCAGCAACCACCUUCUGCUGGCAGGCCCCCGCUCAGAGGCUGGGCAUCUGCUCUUGCAGAAGCUUCUACGGGCAAAGAAUGUGCAACUCAGCACUGGGCGGGGGCCUGAGGGGCUGCGAGCGGAGAUCAACGGGCACAUUGACAGCAAGCUGGCUGGGCUGGAGCAGAAACUACAGGGUACCCCGAGCAAUAAGGAGGAUACAGCAGCCAGGAAGCCUAUGACACCGAAGCCCAAGCGGGUGCAGAAGGCAAGCGACAGGUUGGUGAGCUCCCGAAAGAAGCUGCGGAAGGAGGACGGGGUCAGGGCCAGCGAGGCCUUGCUGAAACAGCUAAAACAGGAGCUGUCCCUGCUGCCCCUAACGGAGCCUACCAUCACUGCCAAUUUUAGCCUCUUUGCUCCUUUCGGCAGUGGCUGCCCAAUCAAUGGGCAGUGCCAGCUGAAGGGGGCCUUUGGAAGUGGGGUGCUUCCCACUGGCCCUGACUACUAUUCCCAGCUGCUUACCAAGAAUAACCUGAGUAACCCGCCGACACCACCCUCGUCGCUGCCCCCCACCCCACCCCCAUCGGUGCAGCAGAAGAUGGUGAAUGGUGUCACUCCAUCCGAAGAGCUGGGGGAGCACCCCAAGGAUACUGCCUCUGCUCGAGAUACUGAAGGGACGCUGAAGGAUGCUUCAGAGGUGAAGAGUCUAGACCUGCUGGCCGCCUUGCCUACACCCCCUCACAAUCAGACUGAGGAUGUCAGGAUGGAGAGCGAUGAGGACAGUGAUUCUCCUGACAGCAUUGUGCCAGCUUCAUCCCCUGAGAGCAUCCUGGGGGAGGAGGCACCUCGUUUCCCUCAGCUGGGCUCAGGCCGAUGGGAGCAGGAAGACCGGGCUCUCUCCCCUGUCAUCCCCAUCAUUCCUCGGGCCAGCAUUCCAGUCUUCCCAGAUACCAAACCUUAUGGGGCCUUGGACCUGGAGGCCCCUGGGAAACUGCCUGCCACAACUUGGGAAAAGGGCAAAGGAAGUGAGGUGUCAGUCAUGCUGACGGUCUCUGCUGCUGCAGCAAAGAACCUGAAUGGUGUGAUGGUGGCCGUGGCAGAGCUGCUAAGCAUGAAGAUCCCCAACUCCUAUGAGGUGCUGUUCCCAGAGAGCCCUGCCCGGGCAGGCAUUGAGCCUAAGAAGGGGGAAGCUGAGGGCCCUGGUGGGAAGGAGAAGGGUCUGGGAGGCAAGAACCCAGAAGCUGGCCCUGACUGGCUGAAGCAGUUCGAUGCAGUGUUGCCUGGCUAUACUCUCAAGAGCCAGCUAGACAUCUUGAGCCUCCUGAAACAGGAGAGCCCUGCCCCAGAGCCACCCACCCAACACAGCUACACCUACAAUGUCUCUAACCUGGACGUUCGACAGCUCUCGGCCCCACCUCCUGAAGAACCCUCCCCUCCUCCAUCCCCCUUGGCACCCUCUCCUGCCAGCCCGCCUGCUGAACCUCUAGUUGAACUCCCAGCUGAACCUUUAGUUGAGCUGCCAGUCCCCUCACCUCUGCCCCUGGCCUCAUCCCCUGAAUCUGCCCGGCCCAAGCCCCGAGCCCGGCCCCCUGAAGAAGGUGAAGAUUCCCGACCCCCUCGGCUCAAGAAGUGGAAAGGAGUGCGCUGGAAGCGGCUGCGGCUGCUGCUGACCAUCCAGAAGGGUGGUGGGCAGCAGGAGGAUGAGCGGGAAGUGGCAGAGUUUAUGGAACAGUUUGGCACGGCCCUGCGACCUGACAAGGUGCCUCGGGACAUGCGGCGCUGCUGCUUCUGUCACGAGGAGGGUGAUGGGGCCACCGAUGGGCCCGCGCGCUUGCUGAACCUGGACCUGGACCUGUGGGUGCACCUGAACUGUGCACUGUGGUCCACGGAGGUCUAUGAGACCCAGGGUGGGGCACUGAUGAACGUGGAGGUGGCCCUGCACCGAGGACUACUAACCAAGUGCUCCUUGUGCCAGCGUACCGGUGCCACCAGCAGCUGCAAUCGCAUGCGUUGUCCCAAUGUCUACCAUUUUGCCUGCGCCAUCCGCGCCAAGUGCAUGUUCUUUAAGGACAAGACUAUGCUGUGUCCAAUGCAUAAGAUCAAAGGGCCCUGUGAGCAAGAGCUGAGCUCUUUUGCUGUCUUCCGACGGGUCUACAUCGAGCGGGAUGAGGUGAAGCAAAUCGCUAGCAUCAUCCAGCGCGGAGAGCGCCUGCACAUGUUCCGGGUGGGGGGCCUUGUGUUCCAUGCCAUUGGACAGCUGCUUCCUCACCAGAUGGCCGACUUCCACAGUGCCACUGCUCUUUAUCCCGUGGGCUACGAGGCCACACGCAUCUACUGGAGCCUCCGCACCAACAACCGCCGCUGCUGCUAUCGCUGUUCUAUUGGUGAGAACAACGGACGGCCAGAGUUCGUAAUCAAAGUUAUCGAGCAGGGCCUGGAGGACCUGGUCUUCAUCGACGCCUCUCCCCAGGCUGUGUGGAAUCGCAUCAUCGAGCCGGUGGCUGCCAUGAGGAAAGAGGCCGACAUGCUGCGGCUCUUCCCUGAGUACCUGAAAGGCGAGGAGCUCUUUGGGCUGACGGUGCACGCUGUGCUGCGCAUAGCCGAAUCACUGCCUGGAGUGGAGAGCUGUCAAAACUAUUUAUUCCGCUAUGGACGCCACCCCCUAAUGGAGCUGCCACUCAUGAUCAACCCUACCGGUUGUGCCCGAUCAGAGCCUAAAAUCCUCACACACUACAAACGGCCCCACACCCUGAACAGCACCAGCAUGUCCAAGGCAUAUCAGAGCACCUUCACAGGCGAGACUAACACCCCAUACAGCAAGCAGUUUGUGCACUCCAAGUCAUCUCAGUACCGGCGGCUGCGCACUGAGUGGAAGAACAAUGUGUAUCUGGCUCGCUCCCGCAUCCAGGGCCUGGGCCUCUAUGCAGCCAAGGACCUAGAAAAGCACACAAUGGUUAUUGAGUACAUUGGCACCAUCAUUCGCAAUGAGGUGGCCAACCGGCGGGAGAAAAUCUAUGAGGAGCAGAAUCGAGGCAUCUACAUGUUCCGGAUAAACAAUGAGCAUGUGAUUGAUGCUACGUUGACCGGAGGUCCUGCCAGGUACAUUAAUCAUUCCUGUGCCCCUAACUGUGUGGCGGAAGUUGUAACAUUUGACAAGGAGGAUAAAAUCAUCAUCAUCUCCAGCCGGCGAAUCCCCAAAGGAGAGGAGCUGACCUAUGACUAUCAGUUUGACUUUGAGGACGAUCAGCACAAGAUCCCCUGCCACUGUGGAGCCUGGAAUUGUCGGAAAUGGAUGAACUAAAAAGCUUUGAGGCUACCAGGCAGGGGAGUCCCUCCACCCCCAACCUCUUCCCUGAAAGGGAUGAGGGGGAAGAGAGGUAGCGGCCAGAGCCAGGACCCAGGGCUGGGGCUGCCGGCUGACCGGAGCCCCUGGAGCAGGAGGCUGGGGCAGAGGGCCCUAGGCCAAGCCCACCCUGGGCACCAGGGACAACCCUCUUCCCGCCACCGGCCCCCAGGCUGGCAUCUCUGCCCCCAGCUCCAGGAGGGGCCAGACAGAAGCAGCCAUUGGGCAUCUCAGGUUUGAGGGGGAUAUGGGCCGGGAACUACCCAGAAGCAUCUGGGCGGCAGCAGGGAGGGGGGAGGAGGAUGUGUGGCCGGGCCUCACAGCCCUGCUGCUCCCACCGACCUCUCCGGCCCAACUCAAGGCUGCAAAGAGACUUGACUAAGCUUGACAAUCCCAAAGGCCGGGUCCCACACCUGGCCCUGCCUGCCGGGUCCUGCCCCCACCCUCACCCCCAUCCCCUCCCUCAAUCUGUCUCUGUCUCCCUCUUCUCCUCUGUGUUUCUGUCUCUCUAUGGGUUUUGUUUCCUUGUUUUCCACUCUGACAAAUGCAACAUGAACGGGAAAGAGGUGCCCAGCUGCCCAGGAGGGCAAGCCGGGCAAGCCGGGCAAGGAGACCCCGCACCCACACCUACCUCAUUUAAGUGUUGGAUUUUUUGCUGUUUUGAAAUGUGAGACCCUCUCCAAGCCCCCUACUGCCCCAACCCUCUCCCCCACCUCACUGCCCUCUUCUGAGUGGGUGGAAGGGGGGUAGGAGGAGGAAGAAAAAACAACAACAAAAAAUCCAUCUUUGUUUUUAAUUCUGGGCAUGGGAUGGCGGUUGAGGCUAAUGAUGAUGAAGAUUGGGGAUGACUGGCCCCUAGUUGCUCUAGGACUUCCUUCUCCAUCUGGACAUGGGGGCGGGAGGGAUGUGCUAAACCUAGGACCAGGAUAUCACCCUCCUGUUUUCCCAACCCCAUCAUAAGCCCAUUUGCCCUCCAGCCCCUGGAUGGGGCGGGUGGGUGGUAGGGUGAGGGCUAUCCCUGAGUGGCAUGCCCGUACCCAGUGAGGCAGGGUGUGGCCCGGAGCUCCCACUUUCCCUCAGUCACCAAACUGCUGCUGGUCUGGUGGGAAGGGGUGGUGAUGUGGGGGUGGGGAGCUUAGUGUCAGCGCGGGGAGGGUGGGGGGUAUUUAUCUAUUUAUACAUGGGAUUGUACAUAGUCUUGUGGGGCAUGGGGGAGCCGGCUGGAGGUGAGAACCCUCCCCUCUCCCCCAAUCCCCGGGGAGAGCAAAUGUAAAACUACUAAUUUUUGUGCUUUAUAUAUUCUAUAUAAAUAUAUCUAUUUUCUUUUUACAAAACCAGUUUAUAAAUGGUAGGGGGGCGUGGGGCGGACACAUGGAGCUCCCCUUGUGGGGGGGCCCCCUCCAUUACCCAACCUACCGCCCUUUUCCUCACCCCCUCCUCCCCACCCCCUGGCUGUGACUGCUGUAAGGUGGGGGUAUAGAGGCUGGGCAAUUCCCACCCUAUUGUAUAGUUGGACUAUGUUAUAACGCACAAAAGUGAGCUGGCCCCAGGGGGAGCCAGAGGGUGAUGGGUUCCCUGCCUCCCUUUCCUUUCCCUUUCUGCCCAAGCUUGUGCUGCAGUUGAACCUCUUCCUGGGAUAGGGGUAGAUCAGGGGGUGGGUGAGGCCCCAGACCCCUGUGUGGUAGGGAGCCAUGGGGGUGAAGAUGAAACUUAUAUGCAGUUCUCUCCUAGGGGCUGUGGGCAAAGGGCAUUUUGUAAUUAAUAUUUUCAAAAAUCAAAUGUCUGGAGUGUAAGAAUGGGCUUGGUGGUUGGUGGUGGAUGGGCGGGCCUGCUGGAGGGGGAGCAUGGUCGCUGUUGUGAUUUUAGGUUUGUUUUUGUUUUGUUUUUGAAUUUGGGGGGUUGCGGAUUGAUGGGGGUAGGGAGAUUUUUUUUUUUUUAAGCUGCUUCCUCAACUGUUUCAAGCUGCAAAUGUUUAAGAGAAUGACAUCCCUCCACCCUCACAGAAACCACUGUAAUUAAAUCAGACAGUGGGGAGACUGGGCUGCUGCCCCCAAAGCCAUUGGACGUUCUUUUCCAAGAGCAAAAGGUCUAGGCUACAGGGAGGGGGAGAUUGGCUCCUGUAAGUCAGGCUCUGGUUGGGGCCUGGGCCCUGGGACUGGUAAAGGGGAGGGGGCAGACUUUGUAAGCAUAUGCUAGGUAUCCAAUAGUCCUGUAGAAUUUAGUGAAGAAACCUUAUACACUUUUUAAUUUUUAUAUAAACUAACUCAGACCCAGGCUACAAGGUUGGAAUUUUGGUUGUUGGUUUUUUGUUUUUUUUUAAGUACCCCGCCUGUAUAAUUGCAUCAGAAUUCCCGCCCCCGUCCCCGUGUUUGUAUUUUGGGUUGGUUUACACUUGCACAUACUCAAUUUUCAGUUUUUCCCCUUUACAGUCUUCUCCCCUCACCUCCAGGACCCUCCCCCUUUUUAAAAAAUAAAUCGCUGACAAGUGUGAAUCCCGUGAAGACUUUAUUUUGUGUUGUGUGUAUCCUGUACAGCAAGGUUGGUCCUUCGUAACAGCGGAUGAAAUGAUUCCCCUUUUUAAAGCGCCCUCUCUCCCUCCACCCCCAGCGCCCCUGUCCUUGGCAUGUUUUGUAUCAGCGAUCAUUCUGAACUGUACAUAAUUUAUGUUGCAAGAGGCAAAGGGCAAGUUUUGGAUUUUGCUUCUUCCAAGUUUGUUUUUAAACGACAAAUAAAAAAAGAACAUUUUAAAUAAAAA